UGACAAUGUUGGUAAACAACUUCCCUCCUUCAAAGAAGAUAAUGAUUGGUUGCGUUAUUGUGUAGAUAAAAUUUCGCAUAAUAAAGGCAUAACGCAGUACGACAAGAUGGACUAUGAAACAGUAGUUUUCCCGGACUUCCCACCAGGGCCAUUAGAUAUUUAUCGCAAGAGAGCCAGUUUUGAUUGGAGAAAAAUGAAAUAUGUUUUAGAAGGUGAAGAUGUUGCUAAAUUUCAGCAUUAUGUCUGGAAAAAGAUGGAAGCUGAUCCUGUGUUUCAUCGCUCUUCCACUGAGGAAAGAACAUGGCAAGAAGAACACCACCUCACAUUUCGACGAACUAUGCGAGUUCAUGAGCUUAAUCUCCUGCCUGAAGAUCUUUUGGUUUCAAAACUGCAUCUUUCUCUGGCUUUUACAAGUGCAUUGGCUUUGUAUGAUUUAUCAUUAUGCAUAAAGCAACUUUUAUCUGUUCAGUAUACUACAAUGGUAAUACGUAGUAAUGGAACUUCACAGCACGCAUAUCUUUUGGGUCCAAUGAAUAAAAUGGAGAUUACUGGAUGUUUUGCACUUACAGAAUUUAGUCAUGGAACAAAUACCAAGGGUAUGCGUACCAGAGCUACUUAUGAUCCUAAUUCACAGGAAUUUGUUCUACAUACUCCAGAUUUUGAAGCAAGUAAAACUUGGUCAGCAAACUUAGGCCAACUAGCAUCACAUGCAGUCAUAUGGGCUCAAUUGUACACUUCCGAUAACAAAUGCCAUGGAUUGCACAGUUUUGUUGUUCCUGUUCGAGACCCUAAAACAUUGCUUCCUUACCAAGGAGUGCUGAUUGGAGACCUUGGGCCCAAACUUGGCUUAAAUGGAGUGGACAAUGGCUUUGUCAUGUUCAAUAACUACAGAAUUCCCAGAUCGUGUCUUCUCAACAAAAAUGCUGAUGUGACUCCUGAUGGAAGAUACAUUUCUCCAAAAAGUAUGAAUCAGAGAUUUGGAGAAUCUAUGGGUGCACUAUCGAUGGGUAGAGUGGCCAUAAUCCAGCUCUGUGUAAAUUUCAUGCGACAGUGUUUGCCCAUUGCUGUACGAUAUUCUGCAGUAAGAAAGCAAUUUGGACCAAAUCCUCCGGAAGAGCUCCCUGUGUUAGAAUAUCAAAUCCAGCAAUGGAGACUUCUUCCCUAUCUGGCUGCAAGUUAUGUUUCUUAUUAUUUUUCAAGAGAUUUCAAUCAAGACUUCGUAGAUUAUUUUGUGGAUUCCUUAUUUGGUGCUAAGAACGAAAAAAUGGAAGAAAGAAGAUUUCAUAUUCAUGCCAUGAGUUGUUGUGGUAAAGCUGUUGUGGCAUGGCUUGCAAGAGAUGCAAUACAAGAAUCUCGGGAAGCUUGUGGAGGACAUGGUUAUCUUAAAGCUGCUGGAUUUGGUCAUUUAAGGAACAAUAAUGAUGCUAAUUGUACUUAUGAAGGCGACAACAAUGUUAUACUGCAGCAAACAAGCAACUAUCUUUUAAGCAUUUUGAAAAGAAUACAAGCAGGUCAAGACAUUCCUAAACAUUUAGAAGAUCUAUCAUUUUUGAAUGACAUGAGUGAACGGUUAAAAUUCAAAUAUUCACCAAUUUCAUCAGAUGCUUUUAUUAGCUUUUCAGAUGUCUUGGACAUGUAUGAGUGGUUGGUGUGUUAUUUGCUUCAUAAAAGUUCAUCCAAGUAUGAAGCUGAAUUAAAGAAAAGUCAGAAUGCUUUCACAGCACGUUGCAAUUCCCAAGUUUACAACUGCCAUACUCUUUCUAUUGCUUUUUGCCAGCUUGUGAUGCUUAAAAGGUUUUUGAAACUAAUUUCUAAAACUGACGAUCUGGCAAUUAAAUGCAUUCUUGAAAAGUUGGGAAGGCUAUAUGGGCUUUGGAGCAUUGAUAAACAUUUAGCAAUUUUUCAUUCUGGUGGUUGUGUCUCUGGAGAAAUCCCAAGCCUUAUUAUCAAAGACAAUAUAUUAACGUUAUGCUCGGAAUUAAAAGAUGAAGCUGUUUCUCUAGUAGAUGUUAUUGCACCUACAGAUUUCAUUCUAAAUUCUGCUCUUGGAAAUUCUGAUGGCCAUGUUUACAAACACCUAGAGACUGCUAUAAUGAAUACACCUGGUACUACUGAAAGGCCUUUUUGGUGGGAAGAAUUCACAUCUAGAAAUACUUCUGAUUUAAAAUCUCAUCUUUGAAAGUACUGGAAAAAGUAUUAAAUGUCUGAAGUACAUUUUCCUCUGGUUUUAUAACUGUUACAAAUAAGGUUACAAAUGCAAUGAAAUGUGAUGCUUAUUAUUCCAGUAAAUAAAAUUGAUUGAAUGUUUUUGACAAAUAUUAUGUAUUUAGAAAAAUUAUACCAUAUUGAAUCCACAAAAUUUUAAUGGAAUCACGUUGAUGCAAAAGUAAUUAAAGUCGCACCCGUUUAUAGUCAAGUCGAAAGGACAAAAUAAAUAAAUUUCCUUAUAGCCACUAUUUUGUCAUAUAAACUUAAAUAUAUGGCUUCACUAUAAAUCAGCACCUCUGUAUUUAUAAUUCCUAAGAAAUCAUUCUUAUUCAGAAAUAAUGGUAUAAAUUUCAUGUUAUUCUCAAACAUUUCUAUUCUUAGCCCUAUUUUCAAAUCUUAAGUUGGAUUGAUCCUGAAGGGUUUCUUUUUACAGAAUGCACUGGAUGAAAAGAACAUUAUAUAAAGUAAGCCACUUGAUUUUAUGAAUCAAUGACACGAAUAGUAUUAAUCACAAAAAUUCAUAAUUUUAUGAAAAAGUAAUUUGAAGCCUGGGAUCAGGUAGUUUAAAUAAUUUACGAUGAUCGAUAAAUUAACCAAAAUCAUGAGCCAAGACUUGAAAAUGAAGACUGAUGAAUUAUUAAAUUUCAAAACAAUCGUCUUUCUUUAGUUUGAUAUUGCCAAUCAACAAAAUGUGACGCUUAAUGCAUGGCCAGUCUAUAUGUUAAAACUUUUAUAUAUUUGAAAAUUAUAUUUAUAUGUUUUUAAUAAAUGCUAUGUACUUUACAAUUAUAUAUAAAUGUUAUGUACCUUAAAAUUAUAUAUAAAUGUUAUGUACUUUAAAAUUAUAUUUAGGUUGUUGUGAAAAAUUUUAUUAGAAUGAAGUUUUUCAUUUGUUAUUAAAUAAAGUAUAUUACUUUG